AUGGAUAUAAAGACCUUGCUGGACAAUCUUCAUGAUGAAGUAUCCUGCUCUGUGUGUAUGUGUACAUUCACUGAUCCAAAGCAGUUGCCUUGUUUGCACAGUUUCUGUCUUCACUGCCUGAACGGAAUUCAACGAACGAACGGCGUCCAUGGCAAAAUUACAUGCCCCGAGUGCAGGAGACAGUUUCAGAUUUCUGGAAGUGGAAAUCCCAGCGAACUUCCCACCAAUUUUCGAAUAAACAGCCUGCUAGAUGUCUUGGUAAUAAAAGAGUGUAGUACAGCUAACGUGAAGUGUGGAAACUGCGAUAAAAGGAGUGCCCACACUUCGUAUUGCUUCCAGUGUUGUUCCUUCUGGUGCGAGAAAUGCAUUGUAGGACAUGACAUGAUGCGUGCUAACAACGAACACAGAACGCUAGCACUAAAAGAUUUUCAAGAUCAAGACAUCAAGGCUGUAUUAGAGCGACCAGCAUUUUGUCAGAAGAAACACCAUGAAAAAGAAGAGCUGAAGUUCUUUUGCAAGGGCUGUAAAGUCGCCAUUUGUAACACUUGUGCUGUAACACUUCAUGAAGGUCAUGGUAAGAUGCCCUUGCAAGAAGCUACUGAUGAGCGUAAGACACAGAUUAACUCCAUGAUUCGAUCUUUGAAAGACAAAGUACUGGAAAAACAAAAGGAAGUCGAACAAUUCAACCAAAGAAGCAUCGCAUUUCAAUCGAAAGUAGCCGAGGUAAAAAACCAAGUGCAGUCUUGUGUAGACCAAAUUAUUGCAAUCAUCGAAGAGAGAAAACAAGAUGUUUUUGAUGAGAUUGAUAAUCAAGAGAAAAAAUCACUGGAAUCUCUCUCACAGAAAAAAGACAAAGUUGAAAAUCAAGUGAAAUUAAUUAAAUCAGCAAUUGAAGAAACUGAAACUCUGUUAAAACGAAGCUUUAGUACUGAAAUUCUGGGAUUCAGUGAAACAUAUGAUUCAAUCCUACAGGAACAGAGCGCCCAAGAAAACCGUGACGGCACUGAAUGUAUUCCUCGGUUAAGUUUCACUAAAAGUGAAGAACUGAUUAACCUGUUGAGCAUGAGCGAGGGGAUAGGUAAAGUAGAAAUUGUUUUUAGCGAAACUAUAGAGCAACAAUCAGGAGCUAAAGGUAACGAAACUAGUAAAGUAAUUGUUGUGAAUAAAGGGGCAAAUGUUCAUGACAGUCCUCUUGAGACUCAGGUACAAACUAGGCGCUUCAUAUCUGUGCUAGCAUUUGCCAAAAAGGGUGAGUCUAUUGGAAUGCUUUAUUGGCCUUUGGGUGUGGCAGUAAAUGAUCAUGAUGAAAUUGCUGUGACUGAAUACCGUAACCACAGGGUUUCAGUGUUUAGUAGUGACGGUACCCACUUAAGAUCCUUUGGUAGGAAGGGUAAGAAUAAUGGUGAGUUGCAGUAUCCUGCAGGGAUCGCUUUGAUAGUCAUGGUAAUAUUGUAG